AUGAAGUUUCUUGGUGUUUUAACUUUGACGCUUUCUGCAAUUACUUUGACGGAUGCUAUUUCUCCAAGACAAGCCAAGGCUAAAUCACAAGAUCAGCUCUACACUAAAAGAAGUGAAUCAUAUAUUAAACGUGACACAUUAUGUUCACCAUCAUUUCCAAAAGAAGCUGUUCCUCCAAAAGCUAACAUAUGGGCUGAUCUUGAUACAGUUGAAACCAAAGAUGUCUUUGAUUUAUUGAAAAAUACAUAUCCAUUGACUCCAUUUGAAAAUGCAACCCUUUUUGAUAAUUAUUUAAUGUGGAUUGAACUUUUACGUCCAAAUAAGACCUCUGCUACUGAUUAUCUAGACAAUAAUGGUGCUGUUCCAGAUAGAUAUGCUCGUGCCUCAAUCUUCUUCGGAUCUGAAGAAUAUACAAGUGAAGAAUACCCAAAUGGUUAUUGGCAAGAAUUACAAAUUGGUCCAUUAGGUAAAAAUGGUACCAAUCCUGAGGUCUCUGAAUUAGAUUGGCUAUACACCAAAUCUAAAGUCGCAUAUGAAGUGGGUUAUAAAGAUCCAAUUAGAUUUGAUGCUGUAACAGACUUUUAUGAAAGGGAAUUUUUAUCAGAAGAUUUGUUACCAGUUUUAAUUGACUUGGUUGGUGAAGAAAUUAAAUGGUUUGGUCAAGAUAACUCAACGGUUGACUGCUGGGGAACUGACCCAUUACAAUUUAAUAAAACUACUGGGAGAGUAACCAAUUGGGCCACUAUCUUCAUCAAUUAUCAAGACGCAGAAGACAUUACACCAACAGGAUUAUUUUUAAAUACAGAUAUUACAGGUAGAAAUUCAUCAGAAUUUUUCAUUGCUAAAUGGGUUUAUAAUAAUAUUGCUUAUAACUCGACUGAAGAUUUUAUCAAAGCUUACGAAUCACCAGAUUUUGUCAAAUUACCAACUAUUGAUACUUCAAAAUUGAACUCUACAGAUGGAUUUGUCUAUAUUGGUCAAAAAGGAGAAACAAGAGAAUUAGAUGAGAAAUUAGCACCAAUUGUUGUUGAACCACAAGGUAGAAGAUGGAAAGUAAAUGAAGAACAAAGAUAUUUCACUUGGAUGGACUGGGAAUUCUAUGUUGCUUGGUCAAGAGAUGUUGGUCUUACUUUAUAUGAUUUGAAAUUCAAAGGUGAAAGAAUUGCUUUUGAAAUCGGGUUACAAGAAGCUAUUGCAGAAUAUGCAGGUGAUGAUCCAUUUCAAGCUCACACCGCUUAUUUUGAUAGAUCAUAUGGUUUUGGUAAUGAAGCUUUUGGUUUGAUUCCAGGUUUUGAUUGUCCUUACAACGCUGAAAUGUUUAAUACUACAUGGCAUUCUCAAGGUUCAAAUAAUUAUCAAAAUAAUUCAUAUUGUGCUUUUGAAUUUGUUGAAGAUUAUGGUCUUGCGAGACAUGCUGCUUCAGAAUAUACUGGUGUUACCAAAAAUCCAACAUUCAAUUUAAGAAGUAUUACUACUAUUGGUAAUUAUGAUUAUAACUUCUUAUACAAGUUUUAUUUGGAUGGUACUUUUGAAGUUUCAGUUAGAGCUGCUGGUUUUAUCCAAGGUGCGUAUUAUAACCCAGAUACUGGCUCACCAUUUGGUUAUAGAGUUAAUGAAGUUUUAUCAGGUUCCUUCCAUGAUCAUGUCUUGAACUUCAAAGCCGAUUUUGACAUUGCAGGUACUUCAAAUAAGGUUUCUACUACCGCUUUGAAACCAGCAAAUUUCACUUACCCAUGGGAUCCAGAAAGAGUCUAUUCAACCAAAAUUAAAGAAAGAUCAGUUGUACAAAAUGAAACAUAUUUGAAUUGGGCUGACGCUGGUGGUGUUUUAUUAAUUGAAUCAGCAGAUCAAAAUAACACUUGGGGUAAUCCAAAAGCUUAUAGAGCUAUCUACGGAGGUGGUGAUGCUAGAAGAAUUGCACAAAAUUCAGUGACUAUUGGUAAAAAUGCUGAAUGGGCUAGUCAUGAUCUAAUCUUUACUAAACAAAAAGAUUCUGAACUUCAAUCUUCCCAUGUUUUGAAUGCUAAUGAUCUUGAAGAUCCAAUUGUUGAUAUUAGUAAAUAUGUUGAUGGUGAAAAUCUUGAUGGUGAAGAUUUGGUUUGCUGGUUUAAUUUAGCUUUACAUCAUUUACCAAACACUAAUGAUAUUCCAAACACAAUUUUCAGUACUGCAGAAUCUGGUAUUGUCUUUACGCCAUUUAACUAUUUUGAUAGUGAACAAUCUAGAGACACUUUACAACAAAUGUACUAUGAGUAUGAAACUUCAGAAUGGGAUUUCAACGGAGUUGAUGUUAAUCCACAAUGUGAUAUUGAAAUUGAACCAUUAGCAUUCCAUGAUGUGAACUAUUAUGGUGUUACAGUUGGUAAAGAUACCACCAAUAUUCCAUCACCAUAA